CAUAGCCUGUUCCCUGCUGAACGCCUAUUUUCGCUGUGGAAGCGCCCAAACCGCGGGAGACACAGCCAUGUGAUGUUAUCGCGUGAUGACAGUACAACUAGGGCUUUCUCUACCACAGUCCACGAUGACGACUGUUGACAUGGUAAUGCCGUCUACUCUACACAGUAUUAACGACGACGUGCUUGGUGUUAUCUGCGCCAUACUUGACAAGGAUGAAUUAAAGCAACUUUCAGCCGUCGAUAAACGGCUGAGAGAGGUCUCUUUGCCGCUGCUUCUUCGGCGCGUGUGUAUGCGCAUUAUGCACAAGGAGGGCAUGUGGCAAUUAGCCACAGACGCCAUUGAGAGCAUGCUUACUUCAACGGCUUUCGACGUCGUUGCCGGGCACACUAGAUUUAUUGAUAUUCGCCUUUCGGAUGAUAAAGAUGAAGAUCCACUGCCCUCCGUCUUAUCCGGUCGACUUGCCGAAUUUCUGUCGGCACCUUUCCGUCAGCUGCAUACUCUCGUCUUCACUAUUGACGAAAAACAGGCCCAGACUUUUGAGGACAAAUUUAUCAUGCCGCACAUCGAGAUUCCUACUGUCACUACUCUCAUGGUGGGAGCCUAUUGCGACUUUAUGGUCCGCCUCUGCCCGAACGUUGAACAUUUAGCGACCUACGGCUGGAUAUGGCUCCACUCGCGUCGUGGGCUUAUUGCCGUCGCGAGUGAGGCUAAGAUGCUAAAGCACUUUGAAAUGAACGAGUGGUGGUCGGCCAACCUACUGCAGGCUGUAUAUGAUGCGAUGCCCUCAAUCCAAAAUUUAACCUUGGAUGGCGGGCCGCUCAGAGGUACUUUACAGGAUCUUGUUCCGAUACUAAGUCAGUUCAAGACGCUGAAGAAACUUGGACUGGUGGACGCUUCCUGUCUACACGUCGGAUUUAAUCCUCCAAGAUGCGGAAACGCAUAUAUGGGUCCGAAUGGUGCCGAGGUCCGGAGGAAGCGCCUGCAUCAAUCUUGAAGUUUUAAUUCUCGGAAACCGCUCUAAGGCAAUUGCUACGCGGUCUCCUGGGGGCAAAAUUCGAGACAUUAAAUGGUCUUUGGAGACACAAUCAAAGAUCGCGAAGGUCUAGAAGUCCCUUCAUUCCGCUGACCCCGUAGAUGUAUUGGAUAUGUUUUAUGAUUUCAGAAUAUGAUCAUCAUAUUACCCGGCACGGUACCGCCUC